AGCCGGAGGAGGUGGCGGCGGGGUGGCCUCCGCCUCUUCGGGUUACUGUUGACGGGCUGCCCGGUGGCCCCGCUCGGUCGUCGCUUCGUUCUCCGGCCGGGCUUUCCAGGCCCUACGUGGGCGGGGCGAGGCGAUGCAGCCACCGGGUGUCCAGCAGCCCGCUCCCCCGCCGCCAGCGCCGCCGCUCUACGCGCCCAACAACGGGGACUUCACCUUCGUCUCCUCGGCCGACGCCGAAGAUCUGAGCGGUUCAAUAGCCUCUCCAGAUGUGAAACUCAAUCUUGGAGGAGGAAGUGGGGAAUUUAUCAAAGAAUCUACCGCAACUACAUUCCUGAGGCAGAGAGGAUAUGGUUGGCUUUUGGAAGUAGAAGACGAUGACCCUGAAGAUAAUAAACCUCUCUUGGAGGAAUUAGACAUUGAUCUAAAGGAUAUAUACUACAAAAUCCGGUGUGUCUUGAUGCCAAUGCCUUCUCUUGGAUUUAAUAGACAAGUAGUAAGAGAUAAUCCUGACUUCUGGGGCCCUCUGGCAGUUGUCCUAUUCUUCUCAAUGAUCUCAUUAUAUGGGCAAUUCAAGGUGGUAUCCUGGAUCAUAACUAUUUGGAUAUUUGGAUCCUUGACAAUCUUCUUGUUGGCCAGGGUUCUAGGAGGAGAGGUUGCAUAUGGCCAAGUUCUUGGAGUUAUUGGAUAUUCUUUACUUCCACUUAUUGUAAUAGCACCUGUGCUUCUGGUGGUUGGAUCAUUUGAAGUUGUUUCAACUCUAAUAAAACUUUUUGGAGUUUUUUGGGCUGCGUACAGUGCUGCUUCUUUAUUAGUUGGAGAAGAAUUUAAAACCAAGAAGCCCCUCCUGAUUUAUCCCAUCUUUUUAUUGUACAUUUACUUUUUGUCCUUAUAUACUGGGGUGUGACAUGCAGUGUUGGAUUUGGACAGGAACAAUGUCUUGCUCAUGAUGAAGACUGAUGAAAUGUUGACUGAUUGGAAAGAGAAAUGACUGUGUCAUGUCCGGCUGUCAAGUUUUCAGUGGUAAUCUAAAUAUAUCUGUGUAUAUUAUUUAAGCAGUUUUAGUUAAAUUAGAGAUUUAUAAAAGAGUUUUCAGUUUAAGACUUGUUACAUUUUUAUUGAACAAAGGUAAGAUCAUUGUGUGUUUAUGACUCGCUCGAAGUCGCAGAAUAACAGCGUGAUACCUGUGCCAAAAGCACUAGGACAAUAUGAAUGAUAUGUUAAUUUGAAGGGGAAUUCUGAUUAUUGAUAAUAGUUCUAAAGCUCAAUUCUUGCAUUUGACACUGCAGGUUCUGUAGAUAUAUUUAUAAAUCAAUCCUGAUUGUUCAGACUAGUAACCAAGACAUGACACUUAAUGUGGUGCCUUGCACACUGUUGAUUUGGCUGUUGAGUUAUUAUAAAUUCUAACUUUAAGAAGUGUGUUAAUGUCAAUCAUCCAUAGUUUUUCAUAUUUCAUUAUUAAGAGGGUUUACAGAUUCCAUAACAUGAAGAUCCAACUAUUUGAAUUAGUCCUUUUUUUUUAACCAACUGUAUGUAUGCUAUAGGAAAAGAUUCUUCUACAAUAUUGAUUUUGAAAUUUCCACAAAAAGGGUUUGGUUUUUUUUACCUGCAACCUUUAUGGUAGUCGUGUUAAGUGGGGAGAAAAGUUUAAAUAAACCAUAUGAUUCUGAACAAUGUCUUACAAUGGAAUAAACAAUGCUUCUCCAAAA